AAGCAAUAUGAAGCUAUCACCAGGUUAGGACUACUACAAGCACUCAAAGUCGGAGGGGGAGGGUCACUGCGUCAUGUUACUGGAUGCGCACACUCAACAUUUUUUUCUCCUUCCCGCAAAAUGAAAGACACAAUUCACCCGCAUCAGCAGGCUUUGCAUGGUACUCAGCCAACAGGGAACAUAGAUAUCUCUCACACCCAAUUCAUGUCGUCCAUGGCAAUGCCUCCACCAAGCCAAGCGCCACAUGUCACUAUUUAUGGAAACGUAGUUCAUAACGACCUUACGCAAGUACACUCAGGACUGAUGACAUCCUCUGGAGGAAUGAAGCGGAGAUUUUCCACAGGUGCUGCAACUGGAGGUGCAGGUGCCGUAGGGCCCAUGGCUACGCGGUCCCCUUUGCUACAAACCUCCCGUAUCAGCACUGAGAAUGGUUCAGGGACAUCGAUCAUGGGGUAUUCCGCGAUGGGAGAUUCGACACCUCACACUGCCCAAAGUCUAACAGGGCUCCCCACAGUAUCUGGGAUGGCAAGGUCUUCAGUUCCGCUAGCAUCGCCCUCUAUAACCUCACCUGUGCUGGUAGCGUCUACCCUUACUACUGGCAAUGCAACCUCAACGUCAGUUGCUAAAGGCGGUAAAAGGGCUCGAAACUCCUCCGCCUUAUCGGUGGCGGUAUCAAAUAGCGCGAGCAAAGCCUCUGCUGUAGGUGGCACAUCCUCAAAUGGUACGGUGCGAAAUCGCAAAGGAACAGGAAAGAAGGAGAGCAGCUCUAAGCGGAAGGACAGCGUGAUAGAAGAGAAUGGGUCAUUGAUACCUGCAUCUACAAGCAUCUCUGCUGUAAUGAGCGGCGCCUCGAAUUCAGAGAACGCAGAGGGUGUAGGAUCCGCCACCCCCGCUAAAGCUCGUAUGGGCAAGAUGACAGGAUCGCCUGUUUCUGCUCCAUCACCGACUACAUCGCCUGCAGCCGGCUCCUUUGGCGACUCAAGUUCUCAGGGCGAAUCGAGUGAGACGCCCUCUGGAGGAAUCCAACUUUCCCGUUUGAGACAACCACGCGUAUUCGAAAAUAUUUCAGCCAACUUUUACUCAAACUUGAUCUCUAAUCAAUCGAUACUGGCUCCAUCUGGAGGUGUCCACGGGCUGGACAUGGAUGGUGGGCUUCAGAUGCCUCCCAGCAACUAUAUCCAAUCAAGUGAAGCACCAGCAGGGACCAGUACAGAGGAAAGUGAAAGUUGGGCAGGCUCGAUGGACUUUAUGGGAGAAUCGAGAGGGCUGGAUAUUGGCGAGUUCAUCUUUGAUCCAGGUUACGACGCACAGGACGCUGACUCGAUAUCUGCACAAGGGGUCAGGAUAUCAGUCAACGGCAGCGCCUUACCACCCAACUCCACAACUCUGACGACCAUUGGCAUGAACGGUGCUGCCGUAUAGGAGACUAUGACCAACAAAAACAGAGCGCUAGAUCAGUGCUUUGUGUGCGCAAUAACGCGGCUGAGUAUGGCGCCUCCUUAUUUCCUCACCACGGGGAAUCCGAUUUUUAGAACAAAACUGGGCGCACAAAACCUGUUCCUUGGACCUAAAUGCAUGAGAAAAUAAAAAAAGUGGC